UCCAGCACGCUACGCUGCGUGUGUGUUAUGUGUGCCGUGGUCUCAGCCCAGCAGUGUUGACAAAAGGGUGAAAAGAAGCGGCCGAGAAGAACCGAACCCAGGGGCCCGGGCCACUCCAGCAGCUCCAGCGCUCACAGGAAUGUAACUGCGUUCGCCUGAUCGUUUUAUAUCUCGCAAUUGAUGGGAGUUUGAGGAUCUCUCCGUGGGAAGGAACAGGAAAACUCGUGGGUUUUUUGGCCGUUUUGAGGGCCAAGAUUUCGCUGCCGCUCCGCCGCUGCUUGGGGAGAGGCUGUACGCACCGAGCUGGAGGUAGCCCGAACACUUAGCCUCGUAGCUUUCCUGAACGUAGGAUAAACUUCCUCGCCCGCCGCCGUCUCCGUCGCGAACCGCAGAGGAUCAAGCAGGGCUAUGUCCUCGGCAGCCACCACGUCUCCAUCUGUGGACAAAGUGGACGGAUUUUCACGGAAGUCUGUCAGGAAGGCCAAGCAGAAGCGGUCGCAGAGUUCGUCCCAGUUCCGCUCUCAGGGCAAACCCAUCGAGCUCACGCCCCUACCGCUGCUCAAGGACGUGCCGGCGCCGGAGCAGCCGGAGCUGUUCCUGAAGAAGCUGCAGCAGUGCUGUACGGUCUUUGACUUCAUGGACACGCUGUCGGACCUCAAGAUGAAGGAGUACAAGCGCUCCACGCUCAACGAGCUGGUGGACUACGUGACGGUCAGCCGGGGAUACCUGACGGAGCAGGCCUACCCCGAGGUGGUCAAAAUGGUGUCUCACAACAUAUUCCGGACCCUUCCGCCCAGCGACAGUAACGAGUUUGACCCUGAGGAGGACGAGCCGACACUCGAGGCCUCCUGGCCACACUUACAGUUGGUAUACGAGUUCUUCAUUCGGUUCUUGGAGAGUCAGGAAUUCCAGCCCAGCAUUGCCAAAAAGUACAUAGACCAGAAGUUUGUCCUACAGCUCUUGGAGUUGUUCGACAGCGAGGAUCCUCGGGAGAGAGACUAUCUGAAGACAGUCUUGCAUAGAAUCUACGGCAAAUUCCUGGGGCUGAGGGCUUUUAUACGAAAACAGAUCAAUAAUAUUUUUCUACGUUUUGUUUAUGAGACGGAGCACUUCAACGGGGUGGCUGAGUUGCUGGAGAUCCUGGGGAGUAUAAUCAAUGGUUUCGCUCUGCCUCUGAAAGCCGAGCAUAAACAGUUUCUGGUCAAAGUGUUGAUUCCCCUCCACACCGUCAGGAGUCUGUCCCUCUUCCAUGCACAGUUGGCGUAUUGCAUUGUACAGUUCCUAGAGAAAGAUCCAACAUUAACAGAACCAGUCAUCAGAGGCUUACUGAAGUUCUGGCCAAAAACCUGCAGUCAAAAAGAGGUGAUGUUUCUAGGAGAGCUGGAGGAGAUUCUGGACGUCAUCGAACCGACACAGUUCGUGAAGAUCCAGGAGCCGCUGUUCAAACAGAUCUCCAGAUGCGUCUCCAGCCCACAUUUCCAGGUUGCAGAACGAGCUCUGUACUACUGGAACAACGAAUACAUCAUGAGUCUGAUCGAGGAGAACUCCAGCGUCAUCCUGCCCAUCAUGUUCGCCAGCCUCUACAGGAUCUCCAAAGAGCACUGGAACCCGGCAAUCGUGGCGCUGGUCUACAACGUCCUGAAGGCCUUCAUGGAGAUGAACAGUACCUUAUUUGAUGAACUCACAGCCACUUACAAGUCGGACCGCCAGCGUGAGAAGAAGAAGGAGAAGGAGCGGGAGGAGCUGUGGAAGAAGCUGGAGGACCUGGAGCUGAAGCGGGGCCUUAGGAGCGACGGCAUCAUCCCGACUUAACGACGACGUCGCCGGCUCCCCUCCGCCUCCCUCCUCCCCCCUCCGCCUCCCCUCCACCCCCUCCUCCCCCAAACCAGCCGCCUCCUCCGGAUCGACUCGGAGCGCCGCCGGUUUCUUAACUGUUUAUUUUCUUAUGUUUUUUUUUUUCUCCUGUGUUUGUGCGACUUACUUUACAGUAGAUUCAUCACGUCUGUUUUCAUUAUUUCAACAGCACUGUAAAUAAUUAUUUUUUUCCUUUUUUUUUCUUUUUUUUCCCUUAAACUGAUAUUACUGCAAACGGAAAAAACAAAAGAAUAAUAAUAAUAAUAAAAAAGGAAGAAAAAAAUAGAAAAUGAGAAAAUGACUUGUGUGGGAGGGGGAUUUAAACAAAAACAAAAAAAAAAAAACAACUUUUUGGACUGUAGGACAUGAAACGAACUCUUGGAAAACAAAAAAACAACAAAAAAAAGAGAAGAUAGAUUGAUUUUAACUCUUCAGUACAGUCCCACAUGUCAUUUUUAUUUUCCUGGUUCUCCUCUUUGCAUUUCCUCUCGUCGCCUCCAUCUUUGUUUUCCCUCCUGCCUCCCCUGUCUCCCCCCUGAUCUCACCCUCCUGUAUGAAUAAACUCAACAGAACCACACAUUAAAUAACAACAGGGACUCUGGCUGUGUUUACAUGAGCGUUCAGUCAAAACUAGCAGCAAAUUCUGUCUCAAAAAACUCAAAUUUAUUCACAUAUUUCUGCAUCUGAGGUGAAUUGAAAUAAUCUUUAAAAUGUCAUAUUUUCAACCCUUAAACUUUUUUUUAAACGCGUUUCAAGUCCAAAAACAAACGUAUUUAAAGUUAAGCUGCUUAAUUAGUUGCCAAUUGUUUUAAUAAUCUGUGUAUUAAAGGAAAACAGUCGAAAAUCCUCUAAUUGCAGCUGCUUAAAUGUGAUUUUCUUACAGGUUUCUUUCCUCCUUUGUGGCUUAAACUGAAUAUUUUUGGGUUGUGGACAAAGCGAGACAUUUGAUCAAACACUAAUCGCCAUUUUUCUCUUUUUAAUCUGAAAAAUAAUUGUCUUCUACAUAUUUCCUCCUAAACAGUCUGCAGCGAGCUCCAGGUGUCUUAAAGUUAAACAGCAUCAACGGGUCAAAUGGCUGCGUGAAAAUGUUGAUUAAAUUUAUGAAAAUUAGUCAAGUUAUUCGGCAUUUUUUUAAAUUUCUGUGCUCAGGAAUCUUUGUUUUGCUUUGCUUUGGCGCCACCUGGUGGUAAAGAGCAGGUACAACACUGACAGGAACCUUUAAAAUCCAACUUUGAAUACUAAAAUACACCAAAAUCUUAUCAAUAUUUACUGCUCAGAAGUGGAAAAUGUAAGUUAAAUUCCAAACUGUAUGAAUUAGAUGCAGAAAAGUCAUAAUUCAAGUCAAAUAUUGUCCCUGAAGUUGCACCACUUUUGCUGUGAAACUCUUAUUUUUACAUUUUAGAGGCAUUUUUCUUCGGUAAAAUCCUAUGAGAAUUAUUCAAAUCCUGGUCAAAAAUCUUCUCAAACUUAUUACUUUACAUAUUACUUUAUCCUCUGUAUGAAGGGAUCAUUAUUUGCCACUACUUUGGUGCCACCUGGUGGUGAACAGCAGGUAGAACAUGAGCAGGAGACUGAAAAAUGCAACUUAAGUUGACGAUGAGGGGAGAAAACGGCUGUGAUUUGUACAUAAGAUGUGCAAAUUAGGAAAUUAAGUCAAGGUUUGACCCAAAAUUAGUAAUAACUGUGUUGUGAAACUGUUAUUUUCCAUUUUGGAGUUUAGUAUUUUACAGAAAAUUUGACUUUUUUUUUACUGUAAAAUCGUUCAGAAAUGAUGCACAGAAUUCAAACCCUGACAAAACUUUACUUUGGUGCCGCCUAUUGGUUAAAUAAAGGCAAGUACAACACCAGCAGGAGACUAAAAAUCCAACUGAUAUACAACUUUAAUGCUGAAAGAAGUAAAAUGUUAGAAAAUUUUAACUCCCACAAGAGUCUGAGGUGGAAAAAUAUAAAUUUAAGGCCAAAGUUGUAACACUGCAGCCUCAAAUUAGGAGUCUAAGUAAAUAUUUGACCCAGUGGUGUGCUCCACUUCUGGUUAUUUUCCAUUUAAGAGUUCAGUAUUUCACUUUUUGUGUGUUUCAGAUUCUGUUGGCAGUCAUUUAUUCGUCCACGUGGUUCCCUGAAGCCAACAUUUGUGCUCAUAUUAUGAAUCCAGACUAAAACUUCUGUCAAACUUGCUGAGGUGCCAUCUGGUGGUAAAUAAUGCAUCUGCAGGAGGCUAAAAAUCAAACUUAAACAUCAGAAAGCAAAAUCAUAUCAAUAUUUGACUCAACGGACUAAUUCGGAAAGAAAAACUGCAAAUUUUGGACCACAAAUUUGGAAUGUAAGUGAAGUUUGUGUGGGAUUUUUGUUUCUCUGUCAUUUAGCACCACCUGGUGGUAGAUGAUGCAUCUGCAGGAGGCUAAAAAUCCAACUUCAACGUGAUUUAAAUACAGCUGAAAAGUCAGAAUCUAUCAAUAUGUAACUGACGGGAAUAAGUGAGUAGAAAAAAAUGUUAAUUUAAGACCAAAAUUUGUGUAUUGGAUGCACCAAGUGAGCUAGGAUAUUCGGUUUUUUUUGCUUUGGCGCCGCCUGGUGGUAAAUGAUGCACCUGCAGGAACCUUAAAAAUCCAAUGUGAUCAUGAUCUAAAUACUAAAAUACACCACAAUCAUGUGACUAUUACCACACGGAACUAAAUAAUGUGGGAAUAAAUUGUACAUCUGUCUAUUGGACGCACAAAUUCAGGAUUUAAGAAAACUUUGUCGAUUAUUUGUAUACUUUAGCGUUUUAUUUCCAUAAAGUAACCAUAAAAACCCGCGUUUCGACCCUGAACGCUGCAUGUAAACACAUCCUCCUCGCCUCCUCCACUAACAGUCCUGCUCUCUCGUUGACUCCGCCCUCUCUCCCUCCUCACCUGCCCUCCAGGUGCGUCGGCCAUCAGUCUGGAACUGGUGCCGUCCGGCCACAGCGGGACUUUCAGCUACGAACACGGACACAAAAAGGAGAAAAAAAAACUGAAAAAAAGUCGCCAAAAAACCCUUCCUCUUCCUGUUGUGAAAAGACGAGCGCCCCGCCUCACCUGUCCUCACCUGUCCUGGUCCACGUCGCCCACCGGGGGGCGCCGCGUCGACUCACAGUAUUACAGCAGCAGCAGUGACAAAAAAAGAACCCUGUACAUUGUUAUUGAAUGCAGUACACUGAUAAUCUUGUAUCUUGUAGUAAUUUAGAUUUGUUUUUUGCGUAGGAACCUGUGGAGAGGAGUAUCCAGUAUAUAAAGAGGUAUUAUGGAACAAGACUUCCUGGUAUUUAUGAUAGUGUUUCCCCCUUUUAGUCGCUUUCUUUUCUGUCUCCCUCUUUGGUUUUUAUCUCAUUUUGGAUAUUUUGAUGAAGUUUCUUUUCACCAUUUUUUUUUUUUAGUGCAGGGAAGGGAGGGGUCAGGGCAGGUAGGCGGGCAGGAGGGGCGGAAGAGGGGAAGGCCCGGGGCAGAUCUAGUCGCCCCGCCGGGGGUAAAAACAUUUUUUUCUUGUUUUUUUUUUUUCUUCGACAGCAGAACCUCCCCCCUCCUCCCUCGCAGAAUUAAUGUGUGCUUUAGAACGGCCCAGAUAUAAUAUGAUUUAAAAGCUGAGAAAAAAAGAUAAAAAAGGGUUGGAGAAAUACAAAUGUUUAAUUAUUUUAAAAAAUAAAGAGAUAUUAAAUUAAACCUGUUUUGUGAUAAAGCCCA